UAAGCAUAACUUAGUUAGUCCUUAGACAAAAAUCCAAUAUGCCUAUUUUAAAUAAAUAGGCCUAUUAAAUAUUUAUCAUGACCUUUCACCGUAAUUAGUUAUCAAUAUAAUUGGAUAACAAUUACGGUAACGCAAUGGGACAUUUUGCAGCGCAUCAUAGCGCUCCCUUGUGGAGAAGUACCAGUGGUACAUUUGGUAACCGUGCUGCUCAGGCUGUAAUAGGGUUUAAGAGGUUUUGCUCGCCCCUGAAAUCCAUCCAUUCUAGGGAGAAAGACAGAUUUGUAAAGCCUGUAAAUGCCUGAGUAUAGGCAAAAGCUACUGGCAGACCAAGACUUUUUUUCCACAACCUUACAGAAAUACAUUUUAAAAAAGGUUUCUGAAUACUCGGACUCGUGUCAUAGCCUAUAGUAGGCUAUAGUUGGCCUACUUUGUAUUUAUUUCCUUUUUCGUAAACUUCGUUUGUUUUGUAGGAACUAUAAAAAUAUGCAAUAUAUUUGAAUAUGGUGUGAUUUGCUGAUAUUUCGGACCGCCAUAUAAAUGUCAAGCAUGUCUUCUAAUGGAAAAGAAAAAUACUUUGCGUUAAAAGACUUCGUUUAAUCCUAAUUUUGUUUCGGACUUCUAUUUUAGCUUCAUUAAUUGUAAAAUACUUUCGGCACAAAAACAAAGAAGUUUUUUUUUCAUUUUUUUAUUUUUUCUACCUCCUGGUGGGUGACGCGGACCGGUGGGCUCCCGAGUUCAGGCGAGAGCGGUGAGACAUCCGAUUGGCUAGCUGGACCGUAGUGAUGGGGCACAAGCUGGACCUGUCCGGCCUGACGGAGCUGGAGGCGGAGCACGUGUUGCAGGUGGUGCAGAGGGACAUGAAGUUAAGGAAGAAGGAGGAUCAGCGCCUCAGUGACCUCCGCCAGGAGCUAGAGGAGGAGGACGGUCGCUGCCUGCUGCUCUCCCGCCAGGCGCGCUUCAACCAGCUGUGCUGCAUCCGCUGCUGCUCGCCGUUCAACUUCCUGCUCAACCCGCGGCGCCGCUGCGGGGACUGCCUGCUGGACGUGUGCCGCGCCUGCCGCGCCUACCGCAAGGCCGAGCGCGCCUGGCUCUGCUGCACCUGCCAGAAGAGGAGGCUGCUGAAGAUCCAGUCUCUGGAGUGGUUCUAUGUCAACGUCAAAGGCCGCUUCAAGAGGUUCGGCAGUGCCAAGGUGCUGAAGACCCUGUACAGGAAACACGUGGCACAGCGGGGCAUGGUGGCUGAGCUCACAGAGGGCAGCACCUACGAGGAGAGCGUCCACACGGAGGGGAGCGUCUGUGAGAGCGACACGGCGUUCUGCCGACAGAGUGAAGAGCAUGGCGAGGCGGACACCCUCACAGUGGCAAAGCGGGUGGCAGGGGACGCCAUAGAUGAAGCCAUUUCCAAGGCUGAGUUUCACACCGACAACCAGGCGAAGCAGAAGGAGGCCCUCUAUCUACGAGAGAACAGAGGGGAACUCAUCGAGGAGCUGGCCAAAACUAUCGUCCAAAAAAUCAUCAGGCGGAGGAAAGGCUUGGCCGAGAUGAAGCCGGGAUCUGACCAGGAAUGCCCCCCAGACGCUGGUCACGGCUCCCUCGCCCGCCAGGCCAAGAUCUGGAGGUCCCAAUCGGCCUUCUCUCUGCUGGACAACGACCUCCCCGAGCUGAAUCUUCCAAUGGGACUGAGGAAUGAGGGAGAAGGGUCAGCUGUCUGGCAGAGUGUCGACCGCCUUCUGGACAACUCUAUGCUGAAGAGCCCGGACGGGAACUGGAUCACCCUGCAGAGCGGCCAGCUGUCCCGGCCCAGCCUGCUGACGCGCAGGAAGAGCCUGGUGUUCAGCGCCCUGGAGCAGGAGUGCGGCCAGGUGUCGGCCUACAGCGCCAUGGCCUCAGACGCCGACACCCCGCCCGAGUACUCCGGCUCCUGGGGGACCGUCCUGCAGGACCUCCACAAGAAGAUGACCGACGGCGACCUGGGCCUGCCGGUCCUCGGGGGGGACCCCCCCAGGACCCCCCCCCCGCGUCUGGGGGCCCGGCGGCGGUCUAGCGUCGACGGAGAGGGGCUCUCCAAGCACCGGCGGCCCUCGCUGGCCUUCAUGAAGAGGCAGCUCCCCCUGGAGGUCAGGAGGCCGUCGUCCUCGCGGAGGGCCAGCGUCAUCAACCUGAACUUUAACCCCGAGGGGACCGCCGGGGAGGGGGAGGGGGACAGCAGCGCGGGGGAGGAGCUUAAGGGCUCUGGCAGCGUCAGGAGAUCCCGACGGAGGAAGAGGAGUAGGAGGGAGAAGGAGCCGUCCUCGCUUUCGAAGUGCGAAAGAAACCACCAGGAUGCCGACAACGGGAACCACACGGCCACCUCCGCAUCCCAGCAUGCAUCUGACCCCGCCACCGCCCCCGACACGCUGACCUCGGAGGCCGCCUCCCCCGACCCCUUGGACCUGGAGGGCGGGCUCCGUCACCAGGAAGGGAGCGUCAUGGGGGCGGAGCUGGUGUACCGACUGCAGCAGCUCGCCAGGCAGGGCAGCCUCUCGGACGCCUCCAUCGCCGGGGGCGACGACGACGAGGGGCCCCAACGGGGGACGGAGGAGGAAGAGGACGUGGAGGAGGAGGAGCAGAAGAAGAAGAAGAACGGAGACGAAGAGGAAGGGCAGCUGGAGGAGGGCGGGAGGUCUAGCCAUGAGGAGGACGUGGAUGUGACGAGAUCGGAGGACGCGUCAGUCCCAGAGGACGGGAUGGAUUGGAGCUAUCAGAGGAGUGAUGGAGAACACAGAGAGGUGGAGGAGGCGGAGGAGGAGGAGGAGGAGGAGGAGGAGCAGGAGGAGGAGGAGGAGGAAGAGGAGGAGGAGGAGGAGGAGAUGAAGAGGGAAUACAACCUGUGUCGGAUUGCCUCUCAGUCCAGAGUGUCCUUCUCCUCGUCCGCCCAUCGCGAGGGAGGCUGGCCGACAGGGGGUGGAGAAAGUGAGGAGGAGGAGGAGGUGGAGGUGGAGGAGGAGGAGGAGGAGGAGGAGGAGGAGGAGGAGGAGGAGGAGGAGGUGCCUGGGAGGAACAGCCAGACGGCGGAGCAGAAGAAGGAGGAGCUGGUGUUCCACCUGCUCCAACUAGAGAGCCAGGUCAGGGCCACCCAGUUCUCCUCGACGGAGGACGAGCUGGACCGGGCCGGUCGAGAAGGGGACGACGAUCGGGAGAGAGAGGGCGGCGCCAGAGGAGGGAAGAUGGCCGCCAGGCUGUGCCGGUUGGCCGAGCAGGUUAGCGCCGGGGAGUUCUCGUCCACUGAUGACGAGGGGGAGGAGAGCUUGAGGGGAGGGAGGGAGGACGGGGGAGGGGUUUUGGAGAAGGAGGAGAGGUUCCUGUGGAGGAGGGAGGCGGAGAGCCCCACCCUGCCCUCCCCGCUCCGGGACUUGGCCGGUCUGGUCAGCGCCUCGCAGUUUUCCUCCACGGAGGAUGAGUUGGACCGGGCAGGAGUAGUUGAGGGUGGAGGAAGAGGUGGAGGCGGAAGAAGAAGAAUCAGAAGGUGGGGAGCAGAGAAGAGGAGCGAUCCCGGGGCGGGAAGGGGAAUGGAGGAACGGUGGUCUACGAGGUUGAAGCGAGAGGGUGUGUCGAUGGAAUCGAGGGCCGAGAGGAAGGGCAGCAUGGCGGAUCUAGCCAGGGGGAUGUUGGAUCUCUUGGAUACCCAAGAGGGGGAAGGCAUCGCAAAGGUAGUCGACGAUGUAGCCCAAGACAGGGAGGAAGGGGGAAUGACCGCAGACAGCCAAGACAAAGACGGAGAUCAUGCAGAGUCGUCUGAGAGUAGGCGACGUGGUGAGGGGAGGACGAUGGAGGUAACCGUCCAGCGAGAUGGGACAGAGGGGGAAGGGGAACACGGGUAUUCCAGUCCCAGUGGAGGAUGCGGUGCGGAGGACAAAGACUGGCCCCGGGAAGACCAGACGGAAGUGCUAUCCUGUGCUCCUAUCCAUGGAACACAAGAGAGAGAAGACAGACAGCAAGACAGAGAAGAACGAUUGUUACAAACAGGGCAGGGAGAGGAGGCUGGGAGACAGACUCCCAGGGAUCCAACUACAACCGUAAAUCAAACGAGGGUCUCAAAAGAGGACAUUUUACGUUAUGAACUGGAGUUGGAGAACUCAGAAGAAGAGCAGGUGUUGCCGGCCAGAGAUUGGCGACACGCAGAAACCAAAAGUGACACGAGUGAACCUGAAGAGGUGGAAUUGGACGGAAUAAUGAGCACCACGAGAGAGGAGGGGGACAGUGAUAUGUACAACCUAGACGGAGAGAAGGCUGUUUUAUCCAAAGAGGCGGUGGGGGAACACAGUGGGCCUGCGUCUCACCAAAGAGACCAUCCUGAGACAGAGGAGAGACAAGGCCAUGGCACAACUCUGGGACUGCUCCGCAGCAGCGAGGGGGACUUGAGUCAGGAGAUGAGGACUGAAGGAGACAGGAUGGCAGGACGGUUCGAGGAGCAGGGGGCGAGCGCCAGUGGAGGCCAAGCUGGAGACAUUGAGCCAGAAGAUCAGACGUCCAUACACUCCCCAGAGGAGAUUCAUAACAGGUACUCGGCCGUGGCUCUGCGUGGCCUCACCACGGAGAUGCUGAAGGUGCUGAACGCCACCGAGGCGAUCCUCCAGGGGGCGGGGUCCCCGGCCCCUCCGGCCCCUCCGGCCCCCCCCCAGCUCCUGCUGGCCCCCGGCACGGACCCCCUGAAGCUGGACCAGCAGUUCUCCAGACUGGAGGAGAACGUGUACGUGGCAGCGGGCGCCGCCUUCAGCCUGGAGACUGAGCUGGGGGAACUGGAGGAGUGCGCCAGGGGGGUGAGCGGGGACACCCCGGACGGGGAGCUCUCCUUCCUGGAGGAGAAGGUUGCCUCGGCGGCUGCCAAGGUGCGCCAGUCCGGGCGCAAGGUAUCGAACAUCUCCGCCAGGAUCGCUGCCCUGAAGAACGCCGGUCUGAAAGUAGUAGACCCUCACGCCAAGACCACUCAGUCUCCACCACAGCCAAACGCGUCGCCCUCGUCUCGGCAGCUCAGGAGGAGGUUACCUGCUACCCCGGUGGAAGGGAAGGACGUUUGAGCAGUGUUUCCUAGCAAGCCCGGAUCACCAUCUAAUACCGUACUACCACCACCGAGUAGUGCCUCGAUCUUCAGCCGCUACAUCUUAUAGGGCAUUUGAGAUGCUUUCAGCCAAUGAGGUGAUGGCUGCCUUUUAACGACACUUAACCAUUUAAUAUAAAUAUGAUUCUACUUUUCUAUGACAGUGGAUUAUAGACUUCCUAACAAUUUGAUCCAAGGGAUCAUCAGAGUGUUAAAAUGUCCAACCAUAUGAUAUGAAUUGUCUCUUUUAGCUUAAAAUGAUUAUGUCACUCUGUUUAUUUUGAAUGUAUCAUUGAGUAUCACUACAUAGUUGACAUUUGAAGGUAUUAUAUAUCAUUUCUGCCACAAACGGUCUCUCAAUGAACAGAAUAACAAAAGACGUAGUCGGUUUUACUAUUGUUGGAAACACUUGGGAUCAUGUGAGUACACAACUCAACAAAAUAUAUAACAUAGGUCUAGUCGUUUUUUAGUUAUCUUAAUGAAGAAAUGUUACUUGAUAUACCUUUAACUUUGAAAUGCAACAUAUACAAAAUGAUUGAAGACCCUUAUUAUAUGAAGCCACUCCUUAAAUGCUUUACAGAUAACCAAAUGCAAUGUCCCUUAUAAGCUGCAUAACCUUGAAUGCACUUAUUGUACCGGUUAUUUAAAAGCAACAUUCAGGAGGAUUUAGAAAUUGGGGGUAAUAAAUGCACAUAUGUUGCUCACUGUUUAUUUAACAGUGAGCAACAAAUAUUCAGAAGGAUGAUUUAGAGAUUGGAGAGAAUUAAUUUUAACUGCGUGAUGUUCUAUGUUGCCAAAUAUUUUGUCAGUUGAUAGUGAAAAACUCUAUUUCUUGGUAGAAAAGUUGACAGGGAGAUUAAACUGUUGGUUCAUCUUUUGGAAUUGUGCACUGCAUCUUAAAUAAAAUAAAAUCAGUAUUUUCAUG